AUGCGUUUGUUUACUAUCGGGUUCGAUCGCGCCGGACAGAGCCAGUACGCCCGGCGGCCUAGCAGCCCGCAACUAUCUGUUUUGGUAACUUACGACGGAUGCCCCAAUCCAUGUCUUAGAGUGGCGGCGGCGGCGGCGGCUGAGAGACGACUGCCGCCCUCCCGUUCCCGUCCAUGUAUUCCCAUUGUGAGUCUGUACGAACAUUGUCCGCUCAACACACUCGCCGCACCCGAUACUUACCAUUAA